AUGCCAGAUGGUGCUGAUAUUCUCGAGAGUGGAGACUUGUACCCGACCUACUACAACAGUGCUAUCGAUACCAUUGAGCUUCAAAUCGCAAAGGGUGGCUACUGGCUUGCCAAGUGGUUGGAUGCCAUUGCAGCGAACCAGGAUGCGAAGAAGAAGAGGAUGGUGCAUGGAGGGAUGACGCAGAGCGAAGACUUGACUGGCGGCUAUCUCCUGCCGCUUGCACCGAUGAGCCGAGCGCAGAUGAGGAGGGAGGCUGUUGGGUACAAUUGCAAGCAUUAA